UGAUUUUAUCCCCAUUUUAAACAGCGAGAAUAAACAGCUUUUUCAACAGGCACAGCAUCCACAUAAUCUUGUUUUCUGUCUUCGUCCUCUUUCACUCUUUCAUCCUCCAUUCUAUUUCAACCACACCUAUUUCAUAUCAAAAUACAAAGCAUACAAUACAUCUACCAUACACAUGCGUAAACUAUUUGGUGGUCGUCACCACGUCAAUAAACCAUUACCAGAGCCUUUGGUUGACCCUGAUGAGGGUAAAACUCCAAUCGGCGAAUUGAUCAUUAUUCCUAUACAAGGACGUGACCUGCCUAACCGGGAACGAUUUGGAAAACAAAGCCCAUUCAUUCUGUUCAAGCUUGGUAAUCAAUGCAGAAGAAGCACCACUGAUGUUCGGGGUGGACAGCGGCCUCGAUGGAAGGAUGACCAGAUCAAAAUACCAAUGUAUGAAAGUGAUGCCAAGGAUGCAACAUCGCUGUAUGUAACAUGUUUAGAUGAGGAUCAUCAGAAGAAUGAGCUCAUUGGCGACUGUGUUAUCAAUCUGGCAAAGGUUCUGGAAUAUGGCGAACAUGAUGAUUGGUUCGAGCUGCAUUAUAAAGGUCGUGAAGCAGGUGAACUCAUGCUACAGCUGACCUACUACUCUCAUGAUCCUAAACAUCCUCUCCACAAGAUGAACCGUGCCCCUAGUACACCAAUCCCCGCCGGCACACCGCUGCGUCGCCCUAUUCAUCCAUCUCCUCAUGGAACUUCAGACCACUCACCUUCUGUAGAGUCAACAACAUCAGUAUCUUCAGUAACAACUACCGCAACGGAGGACUCGGAACUCGUCUACAAACCCCCCGUUGCCACAGAGCCAACCGCCUAUGCAGGAGGUUAUCCUUACGUCAAUUCUACAUCCGCAGGGGCACCCCCAACUUUAGGGGGCCGUAUAUCCCCUGUGGGUCAAAACCCCUACAAUUCAUACAGCGCGAGUCCUUAUAUGUCUAUGAAUGACUUUCCUGGACACCCUAACCUGAGCGCUGGUCAACCAUUUUUCCCUCAAGGUGCUUAUCCGGCUGGGUACCCGCCUCAUAUGAAUGUCGCCGCAAGCGAUGUUAAUAACAUCCAUGGAGGCGGAUACCCACCCCGUCCAACCGUCAAUCUCCAUGGGGUAUAUCCAACGCCUCAAUAUAAUGCCGUCAAUGGAUACCCACCUCAACUUGGCAACAAUGCCUUUAAUACAGGGUAUCCGCCUCAGAAUAAUACAUAUCCACCACAACAAGUACCACCGCCGUUCAUGCCCAUUAACAACAAUAUCAAUAACGUCAAUGAUGCUUAUCGACCUUUGAACAACAGCAUCACCAACCUCUAUCCACCUGUACAGCCACAGCCACAGCCGCAGCCUGUCAUCAAUAACCAAGUCUCACCACCUAAUGGAACAGGAUAUCUUCCACCAGUAUAUCCAUUCGCAACCUCCAAUUUGUAUCCAUCUAAUAGUAUAACCACUGGGGGCGGGUACCCGCCGCAAUCUCAAAUACAAAUGCGACCAUUACCUCAGCCGAUGAUGCAGCAAUCUCGGAACUCAUCGCGGCCCUUACCGCAGCCACCACAGUCAUCACAUUCAUCGCCCGCCGGAUCUCCUGCUACAACUACCUCCACAGCAACACUGCCUGGCGCAUUCCCUGGCGCCUUUCCUUGUUCUAAUACCUUUACCCCCGGCUCCACAGAAACCGCUACCUCGAACCCUUCGCCUCCACUGCCCCAAUCUCGGCCUUUGUCUGACAACUAUAGCAUGUACAGAGCCAACCCUUUGGCCGGUCAUAAGCAGAGUGUCAACUAUGGUCAAUCCUCGAGCUCUUCAUAUCCCGGUCAAGGAAUGAUGUAUCCACGAUCAUCUUCGCCAACGGUAGGGAAGAUCCCAGGCGGAUUUCCACGGCCACGAUCGGUCAGUCCACCUGGAUUGCCGUCUAGAAAUAGCAAUAUAAUGAUGCCCCAAAUACCGCCCAGUUAUGAACAAACAAUGUAUGGGCCUGGUCGCCUGUAAAGAAAAACAUUGUCAUUUCACACUGUACAUAAAUUCAAAAGCAUAAUAAAAGCAUUAUAAUGAUUUCUAAUACGUAGUUUGAGCCUGUCUCGAAUUAUUUUUCCGUCGCCAUUUCUCG